GAUGUUCCCAAACCGAUGCCCCCUCGGGCGAACGUUAAGCCCAAGUCUAAGAUCUCAGCCUCGAGGAAACUCUCGCUGAAGAUCCUGCUCCUGCAGAGGGCGAUGGAGGACUUGGAGCAGGAGAAAGCGACGCGUGAUGAGGAGAAGGUGCGCUACCUGGGCGAGAAACUCCCACCUCUGCAGAUUUCCGGUCUCUCCAUGGACGAUCUCCAGAAACUGUGUCGACAGCUUCACGCUAAAAUCGACGUGGUGGAUGAAGAGAGAUACGACUUUGAAGCAAAACUCAACAAGAACAAUAAAGAAAUUCACGAGUUGAAGCUGAAGGUGCAGGAUCUCGGAGGGAAAUUUAAGAAACCGGCUCUGAGGAAGGUUCGUGUGUCGGCUGAUGAGAUGAUGAGAGCUUUACUCGGCUCCAAACACAAAGGCUCCAUGGACCUGAGAGCCAACCUGAAGUCCGUCAAGAAGGAGGACAUUAAACAGGAGAAGGUGCUGACCACCGAGGUGGGAGACUGGCGUAAGAAUGUGGAGGCCAUGUCAGGGAUGGAGGGCAGGAAGAAGAUGUUUGAUGCAGCUGGUGGAGGACAGUGAACAGGACGUUACUGUAUAUAACACUGUGUGUGUGUGUGUGUGUGUGUGUGUGUGUGUUUAACACUGAGAACAAAUACUGAAAGUGAGAUUUAUUAGUUACAUCAGUUACAUUGUUGCAGUUGUUACACAGUAACAUUUAUUACAUUAUUACAUAGUAAUAUUUAUUACAUUGUUACAUUGUUACAUCAGUUACGUUGUUGCAGUUGUUACAUUGUAACAUUGUUACAUCAGUUACGUUGUUGCAGUUGUUACAUAGCAACAUUUAUUACAUUGUAACAUUGUUACAUCAGUUACGUUGUUGCAGUUGUUACAUAGCAACAUUUAUUACAUUGUUACAUCAGUUGCAUUGUUACAGUUGUUACAUUGUAACAUUGUUACAUCAGGUACGUUGUUGCAGUUGUUACAUGGUAAUAUUUACUGCAUUGUCACAAUGUUAUAUUUGUUACAUUGUUACAGUAGAGUGUUACGUGGUCUAUGUUACUAUUCACCACGCCGUGUCAGAUCAUCAUCAUCAUCAUCAUCAUCAUCAUCAUCAUCAUCAUCAUCAUCAUCUCACUAAUGAACCUCUUCAAUUUUUAUGGCUGGAUUUUAUGCUAAAAUACAAACAUUUUUUAAAUUA